AUGGGGAUCAAUUCCACGCCCGAGGUGUUCAAGUAUCAACCCCUUGACCCUGAUAGGAAUCAGAUCAGACUCCUUCGCAUCUUGAAGUCUAGUCCUGUGCCACCACCUGCGAUUGCAAGUAUUCGCUGCGAAAUCUUUCACAUAAACCUCGAUGAAUUUCCCAUAUAUAAUGCCCUGUCCUAUACAUGGGGGUCGCCGACGUCGCCUAAGACUUCAAUCCUCCUCGAUGACAAGCUGUUCCUUGUCCGAGAGAAUCUAUGGAUGGCGUUAAAGCGCCUCGAGUCGGCUGCUGAGGAAAUGGUCAUAUGGAUUGAUGCUAUCUGUAUCAACCAGGAAAGCAUUCCAGAACGCAACUCACAGGUCCCAAAAAUGACGCAGAUCUAUAGACAAGCUCAUCAAGUAGUUUCCUGGCUAGGCGUGGGAAAUCGGGCCAGCGCUCUCGCAUUCAAGUUCGUUGAGGAGUUUGGUAGGCCAGACGUUACGCAGGAGUGGGCUCUAGAGAGGCUUGGGAGCCAACGGCUUCAACUCCAGGCUCUUUCGCAAUUGUUUCAACACGAGUACUGGAAUCGGAUGUGGGUGCUACAGGAACUCACCGUCGCAAAGUCAAUCAUCAUCUAUUGCGGCACAGACUCGAUCAACGGCGAGACUGUGAUCCGAGUGCAGAGGCUCUUGAUAAACAUCCGAGGCUCUGGACUGACUUACGGCACCCUCCUUGCGGCCAUGGAUAACGAUAUGAUAGCCAUGGAUAUAGUGGGCGACCAAGGCCUGGCCAAACUCCAAGAUUGGACUCAAUCAGCCGCUAAGAAAAACCUUAGUUUUCUCGAAUGUCUGCUUCUCCACAGUGAUCGAGCCGCGACAGACGCCAGGGACAUGAUUUACGGGCUAGCCAAUAUCGCUAACGAGAAGAGCAAAUAUAAAGUAGCUGUCGAUUACGCCCUGUCGACCCCGCAGCUCUAUACUGACUUUGCCAGAACAGAAAUUGAGGCAUCAGAAACGCUGCUGAUUCUUACAAGGGCUCGUUUGACCCACAAUACACAUUCGCUUCCAUCUUGGGUCCCGGAUUGGUCCGCCAUUGAACAGAGCCAUGCCUUUCUUUUAGACGCUCGUCAACCACAAUUUUAUUUCAAGGCCGGAGGAAGUAGUAAGCCUGAGGUAACCUUUAGCUCGGCUGGUCUAGUUAUGACUACGAAAGCCAUUGUGUUAGGAUCUAUCAAAACGCUUGGGAAGCCAACCAACAUGACGUCGGAUAAGGAUUUAGACAAAUCUGCUCUCGCAUUCUGGAAUUGGUGGUCCUUAAUUGAUAGUAGCGAUCCGCAGCAACACGAAACUUUCGCACACACGAUCUUGGCUAGGAAACCUGAUAACACCAACCAACCCAGCAGGCUUUUGCAUAUCCUAGGCAUGUUUAGUGACUAUGUUAAAGAGCUUUACCCAGAUAAGGUAAUCGAACCUCUGGAACAAUACUGGCAAGCCUUUAUCGAGAGCUCGAUGAACCGGAGAGGAGGUUUACUUGGGAGAUCAUACGACAUGAAAAUCAAGGAGCUAGAAAGAGAUAAACAGAUUAUCCGGUCGUGGCGCCGUAUCUUUGCUGCGUAUUGCUGGGAUCGGAGAUUUUUUAUCAGCAGCAGCGGAAGGAUGGGCCUUGCGCCUGAUGCAGCGGAGGAGGGUGAUGUUAUCUGCAUCCCCUAG